GCGGGCGGCGGCGGCGGCGGCCCGGAGCUGCGGGGAGAGCGCGGGGCAGCCCCCGCCUCGGGAAGCCCCCGCCCGGUUGGGGGAGGCGGGGAAGGGGCCGGCGGCCAAUGCGAAAUUGGCUGGUGCUGCUGUGCCCGUGCGCGGUCGGGGUCGCGCUGCACCUCUGGCUGCUGCUGCUCGGCGGCCCCGGGAGGCUCCCGGCAGGUCCACUGGCUUUCUUUCCUCAGUGGGAACUGAAACAUUACGAUGUUAUCGUUGGUGUAUUAUCAGCUCGACACAAUCAUGAGCUGCGCAAUGUUAUAAGGAACACUUGGUUCAAGCACUUGAAACAACAUCCAGCGCUGAGCCCUCGUGUCCUUGUGAAGUUUAUAAUAGGUGCACAUGGCUGUGGUGUGCCGGUGGAGGACAGAGAAGAUCCUUACUCCUGCAAACUUCUGAACAUUACUAACCCAGUUUUGAAUCAAGAAAUCGAAGCAUUCAGUCUCCCUGAAGAUACGCCUUCAGUGCUUUCUGAAGACCGCAUUGUCAGUGUGAACUUCCGAGUUCUUUACCCCAUUGUCAUUACCAGUCUUGGGGUAUUCUAUGAUGCUGAUGGUGUGGGAUUCCAGAGGAAUAUCACUGUAAAACUUUACCAGGCAGAACAGGAGGAAGCUCUCUUCAGUGCUCGCUUUAGCCCACCUAGCUGUGGAGUGCAAGUUAACAGAUUGUGGUACAAACCUGUAGAACAGUUCAUUUUGCCAGAGAGUUUUGAAGGUACUAUUGUGUGGGAAAGCCAGGACCUUCAAGGCCUUGUUUCUAGGAAUCUUCACAAAGUGAUAGUUAAUGAUGGAGGAGGAGUUCUCAGAGUCUCUACGACAGGGGAAGGUUCAUGGCCACAUGAAUUCACGGACGGUGUGGAAGGAAUAGCAGGAGGCUUUAUUUACACUAUUCAAGAAGGUGAUGCUCUUUUACAAAGCCUUCAUACUCGCCCUGAGAGGUUUGUAAACCACUUAAAAAACCUUGAAGAAGAGGAUGCAUUAUUGAAGGAAGAAAGCAGCGCCUAUGAUGAUAUUGUUUUUGUAGACGUUGUUGACACCUACAGAAAUGUUCCAGCCAAAUUACUGAACUUCUACCGAUGGACAGUAGAAUCAGCUAACUUUGAUUUGUUGCUGAAGACAGAUGAUGACUGUUACAUAAAUUUGGAAGCUGUGUUCAACAGGAUAAUGCACGAAAAACUCGACAGGCCAAAUAUCUGGUGGGGCAAUUUCAGACUAAAUUGGGCAGUUGAUCGGACGGGGAAGUGGCAAGAAUUGGAGUAUCCCAGUCCAGCGUACCCAGCCUUUGCCUGCGGGUCUGGUUAUGUUAUCUCCAAAGACAUUGUUCAGUGGUUGGCAAGCAACUCUGAAAGACUCAAGACAUACCAGGGUGAAGAUGUGAGUAUGGGCAUUUGGAUGGCAGCUAUAGGGCCUAAGCGGUAUCAGGACAGCCUCUGGUUGUGUGAGAAGACAUGUGAAACUGGAAUGCUGUCUUCCCCUCAGUAUUCCCCACAGGAACUAACAGAGCUCUGGAAAGUGAAGGAAUUAUGUGGAGAUCCUUGUAGAUGUGAGGAAAGAUGAUAAAGACUUGGAGAUACACAAUCAGGACUACUAAGGUGGUGGUUAAUAGUGGAAAUUUCACCUAUGUAAUUAAUAUGUACCCAUUCAUUUUGACAAAAAUGGACUGAUACUGUCCAGAGUAGCAUUUUUCUAUAGACAAAGUGUUUAUUAGUUUGACUUUAUAAAAAAGAAAAUUAUCUUAAACUUUUGGUUUUGUCAAAGGACUACUGGUAAUUAAUGCACAUAUGAAUUUCAACUAGCCUGUUUGAAAUGUGUAUUUGGAAAAUAGUACAGAACCACUGCUAUCCAUGAGUGUCAGCAGGUGCAAGGUUCCAUACCAGCAUAAAUAACUUAAGACUGGGAAGAUGUAAAUGGUACUUGCUCAUGUGAGGUUAGGAUAGUUAGCUUUUAGGAUUUAUAGAGUUUGUGCAUACUUUUCAGUGAUUUGGAUGAGAUUAUGAUGCAAGAUAUCAAACUUUGCUUAUACCAAAUCUUGAACUACAACCAAGAUAACCAGAUUCAGAGGAAUUUGCAUCUCUGAUAACUAUCUAGAAAAAUAGUUAAAGUAAAAAGUUUGAGCAACACACCAAUAAUAUGGAGAAUAUCCAUUAAACUGCAUAGCUCUGCAAUAUGCUGACAAGUUAUUUUAAAUAAAUUCUCCAAUUCAGCAGCUUAAUCUUAAUUGUGAUUUUUUUCCCCUCGAGCUGUGUAAAUAGGAUACAGCAACAAGGAGAUAAUACAGAUCUGUCCUAGUUUCUGGAAAAGACACUGAUCUAAACUUACCACAAACCUCUCAAUAUAGAGAGUGGUGUUACAUUAAGCUCUGUUCUUUGCUAAAGGAUUCCUUAAACUCUGCUUUAAGGAGAGAGGAAAUAACGUAAGUGCCCUUUUCUAGUGCAACAGCAGUUGUCCUUGUGGCUUUAUGCUUGCAGGUAUUACAAAUAAAAGUGUCAUAUGAGAUUUUAGAUUACACCUUCUGAGUAAAAUAAAUGCGUGGGUCUGUUUAAAACUGCUUCUUCUAUAGAAAUUCUCACCAGUGCAGCACAAGACUUGAAGAAACCCUCAUGCUAAUAUUCCAUUUAAUCUGGGAAUUUAAAAGAACCCCUGCAAUUAUGCACCUCUAACAAACUCACUAAAUGACCAGGUACUCUUUUAUUGAAAAUAUACAUGCAGGAGUUAAGGACAGAGGGCUAUCUGAAAUGAUGCUUCUGUUUAUGAAAUCCAUGUUAAAUAUGUACAGGAAAAUUGUAGAUAAUCUCUUGGGGUAGGCUUGGGCUUAACAGCACUGUGCAACUUCAGAAGAGAAGUUACCACCGUACUAACACAGAGUCUCCAUUUUCUAUAGAGUAAAACUGCAAGGGCUUUAGGUCAUUUUCUAGUUCAAUUUCUUUGCCUUCCAUCUAGAAGAAGAAGAAAAAUCAGACUGUGAUUUAAAAUGUACACUCUUAGGUAAGUCUUCGGCUAACUUUUUCCCCUGACCAUCUUUGGACUUGAAAGGAGUUGGAUCAGGCCUAAAAAUAGCAUAAAGACAGAUAGCCUUUAAGUGAAAUCUGUUUCAUUCUAUAAUAUUUUAGAAUGCAGUGUUGACCUUUUAAAUACAACUUACUUUAGAACUUUCAUAGGACAAUUUCAGUUCUGAACCAGGAAUUUUAAGUAGACGAUACAGCAAGCCUUUGACCUUCUGAAUAGUCAUAGAAUCUGUCAAGAAAAAUCAAGUAGUUAACCACACAACCUGAUUAUGUACUUAGAUUCUAGCAGCUUUUAAGUUUUACCAGAUCAUACUGUCAAUCAAAUAUGGUUUUAUUUCUGAAUCAAUUCUAACUUCAUUAUCUUUGGUAGACUAGACUGAUAAGUAACAUGCUACUACCUAAAAAUAUUUUCAUCCAACAUUGACCUGAAAUGAAAACUAAAUCAUGAAGCUAAGUGACCUUCAUGACGUACAGUACAGUUUUCAUACAUACCACUCAGAUUUUGGUGUGAUAUUUCUUUGGCAACUCCAGUCUCAACUUUUGAAGCACAAAGAAAUGAAUGUCAUUGUGGAACAUUUUAAUGUAAUUAAUUCCUGAAACAACAUACAUUAUUAUUCCAAACUGCUAGUAGUGUUAUGGAUUGGUCCAUAAAGUGGCAAGGUGAUAUUUUCAUAAUGGAACUUUCAGUUUAGUUUGUACAAGAGAGGUUUCCCAUUGUGUGUGGCUGGUACAGAGAUAUUGAAUUUUUUUCAUUUCUUUGAAGCUUUAUCUGAAGGCACAGCAAUAGUGAAUUAUUUCUGUAAUAUCACACAAUGUACUUAAACUAUUUUUCUAUCAAACAUUUUUGUAAAAGCUGUAUCUGAUUUUAUGCAACUUGUGAUAAUAAAUGUUUUUAUUUUAGAAUAAAA